AUGCUACCUACAAAUCUCCUCACCGCAACCCUCGUGGUAUGCGCUCCUCUUGCGGCCAUGGCGGCCAUAAUCUCCCCGCGACGGCCCCAGGAAUCAACCAUCCCGUCCGAAUGCAUCGCCGCCGUAGUCGAGGCGCCCCCUCUACCGCCGUUCCUCUCCUUCACCGACGUCGAGAUUCCGACGGUGGCCGCGGAGCCCGUCAUGGUCAGCACCGUUGUCGUCACCGUGGGUCUGGAGACUGUGACAGUUCGAGAACCGGCGCCGGCCCCGACUCCAGUUUCGCCUUCUCCGACACCACCCGCAGCGUCUCCAACUCGGGUGAUCGAUUGCAAAACGAUCUGCAUUUGUGAUGAAAAAUCGCCAGAGUAA